AUGGUUGCGGAGGCGAAGCAGAACGGCGUGGCCACCAUGGCGGGCAGCAAGGCGCAGCUGAUGUCGGUGAAGCGCAGGGAGCCGGCCCUGGUGUCGCCGGCGGAGGCGACACCAACGGGGGAGCAGUACUACCUGUCCAACCUGGACCAGAACAUCGCGGUGAUCGUGCAGACCGUGUACUGCUUCAAGUGCCCGUCGGACCGCGGCAACGAAGGCGCCGCGGACGCGCUCCGGGCCGCGCUGGCCCGCGUGCUCGUCCACUACCACCCGCUCGCCGGCCGCCUCGGCAUCAGCCCGGAGAUGAAGCUCACCGUGGAGUGCACCGGCGAGGGCGUCCCAUUCGUGGAGGCCGAAGCCGCCUGCGACCUGGCCCUCAUCGGCGACCUCUCCACCCCGGACCCCGCCGCGCUGGGGCAGCUCGUGUACUCCGUCCCCGGCGCCAAGAACAUCCUCGAGAUGCCGCCCAUGACGGCGCAGGUGACCAGGUUCAAGUGUGGCGGCUUCAGCCUCGGGCUGGCCAUGAACCACUGCAUGUUCGACGGUCUGGGCGCCAUGGAGUUCGUCAACUCCUGGGCCGAGAUGGCGCGCGGCGCCACAGAGCUCACUGUGCCGCCGUUCCUCGACCGCUCCGUUCUCCGCCCGCGCGCUCCUCCUGUGAUCUCCAACCCGCACUACGAGUUCGAGGAGAUCGCUGACGUCUCGGAAAUGGCGGCGCUCUACGGCCGCCAGGAGCUGAUGUACCGCGCCUUCUGCUUCGAUCCGGACAGGCUUGAGCGUGUCCGCGGUCUUGCCCUCGCCGACGGGGAUCUCGAGAAAUGCACCACCUUCGAGGCGCUCUCCGGCCUCCCGACCAUGUCCGGGCCAGUCACGCUGCCAGAGAAGGAGGUCAUACUCUUCCUCGCGCACGGCAAGGAGAGGAAAAGCAUCAACGUGCUGCUCGGCCUGCCGGCUUCCGCCAUGGACGCUUUCCAAGAGCUCAUGGACGAGAUAUGA